AUGGCUAUCGCUCAAGCAUACGUGGAACGCAGAAAGGCGCUGCGCGACUGCCGCGACACUUGCGAGAGCCGGCUCAUCAGGCAAAAGCUUCCCCGGGACUUGGAGUCAUGGCGUCUUCUUGACGUAGAAGAAGGUGGCGACGAAGCCCUGUGGGCAGUGCUCCGCGACUUUUUCAGCAAGCGGGGCUUCACCUUUUGGACGUCCAUCCGCAAUAGCUAUAUGGGGCUCUCCUCGGAUGCUGAUGUCACCUCUGGUGGCUUUGGGUACGCACCACUCACUCGAGGACUGGGGGAGAAAUCCCCUCACGAAAAAUUGUACCGGUUCUCGUACCCGCACCCUUCAUGCCAAGCCGCUCAGACUGCUGACGGCCGAAUGGUCAUCAUUCGAGUACUGGCCAUCGGGGAAAGUGGCCGCGAGCAUAUCGACAUCCUCAAUGAUCUCGCGCGAGGCCCAUUCAGUCUCGUUACUUAUAACCAUGUUAUUCCCCUGUUGGAGCUUCUCCACUUUGAGGACAUCACAUUCGGGGUAUUCCCGAAGAUCGGUGGGGACGUACGAGAUGCGUACGGUUAUUGGGCCGAAAACUCAGUCGGCGACAUCUUGGACAUGCUGCUACAAUGCCUUGAGAUGCUUGGUUAUAUUCACAAUAGGCGUAUCGCACAUCGGGACGCCUUCAAAGACAACUUCCUGGUGCAGUGGCACCCGGAGACUAUGAGAGCGCGCACGUUCCCUGUAUCACGCCCGCGGGUGUACCUAAACGACUUCGAGACGGCAGUGCAAUUCUCGCUCGACAUCGCCGCAGAGGACUGCGUUUGCGUCGGACUCCCCGUGGGUCCGUCGCUCUCCGACAGAUAUUGCCGCCCUGUCCCGCCCGAGAUGCAGACGGGCAAACCGUAUGAUCCAUUCAAGCUGGACGUAUGGCAGUUCUCCACUAGCUUCGCGGACUUCAAGUGCCAUAUUCCCGAGGUUGACGGUAUCCUGGAACGCAUGAGGGACCCGGAUCCUAUGUUGCGUCCACCAGCGUGGGAGGCGAUGAACCGCAUAUCGGAGGUCAUCCAAGCUACUCCCCCGCAAGCGCUCUAUUAUCCCCCCGAUGUCGUGCGCGAUUGGGCCGAUGAUCCUGCUCCAACAAACACACCUCUUGAUACCAUUCCUGCGGACGCACCUCCUAAUUCUGGUCCUGAAGACGCAGCGUAG